ACUCCUCAUUUCAAAGCAUCCCUCUUUCAAGUUUGAAAAAGAGAGAGAGAGAGAGAAUGCUCACAAAAAGUUAGGACCAAAAAGAAAAGGGAAAGUCCUCACUAUAAACCCAAGGAAAUAGAGAAGUGUUCUUCAAGUUAGGAACUCCAUUUUUAACCAUUCUCAAGCUUUUUUUUUUUUUUUUUCUUUUCUAUCUUCAAUGCUGAAACCAAAACAAAUAAUAUCAAACUCAUGGUGAGUGUAUAGAACUUAAAAAAUGGAGUGUUGGGUUUUUUUGGGUCUUUUUUUAAGUGGUUUAAUUCUUCCUACUGGAGCUGUUAUCGGCGGGGUAAGUGGCCGAGUUGGUUUUGGCUUUGGUGGUGGCGGAGGCAGCGGUGGAAAUGGUAUUUGGAUCGGUGGUGGAGGGGGAAACACUCCGAAUCCGACUCUUACUCCGACUCCAACUCCGAAUCCAUUAUUAGAGACUGUUCUAAACAGAGCAUACUCAGUUCUUCAGACAUGGAAAUCUGCCAUUUCCGAUGACCCAACUGGAAUGUUAACCACGUGGGUUGGCUCCGAUGUGUGUUCUUACAAAGGAAUCUUUUGUACACGUCUAAAUUCCGGCCAAAUCUCCAUCACCGGAAUCGACUUUAAUGGAAAAAAUCUCAGAGGAACCCUCAUCAAGGAGCUGGCUCUUCUCAACGAUCUGACCCUCAUUCACUUAAACAGCAACAGAUUUUCCGGCAUCGUUCCGAUAACAUUCCGUCAACUCGUACGCCUUCAAGAACUCGAUCUCAGCAACAAUAAUUUCUCCGGUGAAUUCCCAUCCGCCACUCUCUACAUUCCAAAUCUCAGGUAUUUGGACCUCAGAUUCAACUCCUUCACCGGCGCAAUCCCGGAAAGUUUGUUUUACAUGGGACUAGACGCCAUUUUCCUCAACAAUAACCAAUUCGCCGGCGAAAUCCCACAAAACCUCGGAAAUUCGCCGGCGUCUGUGAUAAAUUUAGCAAAUAAUAACUUCACCGGAGCAAUCCCGGCGAGUUUUGGGUAUAUGGGUCCAAGACUGAAGGAAAUCCUGUUUCUAAACAACCAAUUAAGCGGUUGCAUUCCCGAAGGAGUUGGGUUCUUAACAGAGAUUGAAGUUUUGGAUUUCAGCUCCAACAAAUUGUUCGGUCAUCUUCCCGAUACAAUCUCUUGUAUGAACCAAGUCGAGAUUUUGAAUCUUGCCCACAACCAAUUAUCCGGCGUCGUUUCCGAUUUGGUCUGUUCUUUAAGAAGCCUCAUACAUCUAUCCGUAGCAGACAAUUUCUUCUCCGGCUUCAACCAGCAGUGCCGGAAUCUCUUCGGCGGGUUCGAUUUGUCGUUCAAUUGCAUUCCCGGAGUUACUCUUCAGCGGCCGUCGCCUGAAUGUUCUGUAAUUCCGGGAAUUGGGUUGAACUGUUUUCGGGUUCCGGUGAUUCCGCGGCCGUUGGUUUGUGGACGGAUAGUUGAAACACCGACGGGGGAGGAGGGGGCGCCACGUCCGUAAGGGAAGAAGUAGGAGGUGGAAGCCGGUGGGUAGGUGAUUGAUUAAAUGGCAAUAACUAUACGGAUUCUUUUUUGGGAGGGGAAGAAUUGAAUGUAAAUCUUUUUCACAUUUAAUUCUUCAUGGAAACAGUACUAUCUGAAGAUUUUUAAUGGUGUAGAUUUGUACAAGAACAUGACUAUCAAAUCUCUGAUCUAAUUACUCAUAUUUUUUACCCUA